AUGGCUUGUUUUCCACCGCCCGAAGUGAUAGUCCGCGGUCGAAGUGCUGAGACGUUUGCAGAUCUUCGCUCGGCAGGUCAUUACUAUGUCGCAGAGUAUUUCAGUCAAUGGCUUUUACGAAGAGCGACAUGUGUUGUACCCCCAAUCCCCUGGACAGCUUACAAUCGCGUUCUGGGACCUCAAUUUAAAGCAUCCAAAAGCGUAGCGAAAGAACGAGGGGAUGACACCGAAUUGAUGGUGUACAAGACGAUUUUUAAGUGCGGGGAGCUGUACGGGGCGCCGAUGUUUCUUAUCGCACAGAUAGACUAUGACCCGCAGAAUAAGACGAAGCAGUUACCAACUGUGCUGACAUCCUUCUUGCCCGAUAACAAACAACAGCAGCUCGCUUUAGCUUCAAAGAAGUUGGACAUUGACCUAGCAAUUGUCCAUACUGACAUUGGUGCAAUUGUGGUUGAAAUCAAGGCAGCCACAAACCCCCUGGUAGACAUCGGUGACGCUAUUACAUCAUUGCACAAAGCAGAAAGUCUAUUGCGACUUUUUUGUCAUGAAUUAUUUCCCAUUUUCAAAGUGGCUCUCUUCCCUAACAGCGAGUGUCUAUCUGAGCAUCAGAAAUCUGAGAUAAAGAGACUUGAGCAGAAGGAUGGCUUUGAGUUCUGCGACAGUGCAUUUUCAUCACAGCCAGAGGCUGUUCUCCAUCUGCUGACAAGACUAAAGGAAGUUACUACCAAGAAAGGAUACCCUAAGCUGUUGGAAGAGGCAAAUGAAUUGCUUGACUACUUGAUAUGCUUGAAAUGUCUUGUCACAUCCACUGUACACAACAGCAAGGUGACACGAAUUAUCACAAAAGAUGAUGUAGUGAAUGUUGUAAAGCAGGUCAAGAAGACUGACACUAAGCUGGUACAACAUGAUGUUUUCUCUAAAGCUGAUCAAAAAGCAGGGCUUGUGAAAAAAGUGAGAACUGCUACUGAAGUCCUGUUUUUAAAUCCUGAGCAGAUUGCUGUUUGGGAUGGUCCAAAGCAUCAGAUUUUACAUGGAGUUGCUGGAACAGGCAAGACAGUCCUCAUCCAGCAUAAAAUCUUGCAGCUAGAUAAGUCGCUUCCACCCCAGGAACAGAUCACAGUUGUGACUACAAAUGCCGUGUCUAAUGUGUAUCAGAAAUUCUUUGGUCAGAAUGGAGCAAGCAAACGAGUAAGUGUUUAUACUGAGAUGAAUCUAAAAUUAUCUUGUGAUACAGAAACAGCAGUGACUAAACUGUGUCAAGGUCAUGUUUUCAUUGAUGAGGCUCAAAACCUUCAAGAUUUCAGUGCAUUCCUGAAGGCAAUUAGCUCAAACAAAAGCAGUCAAAACUAUGUAUGGAUUUCCCUAGAUCCUCUGCAGGCACUUGACAAAUUACACAUGUCUAUUGAACAAGUAACAGCAGAGCUAGGUAUUUUCACACUUCCACCACUUUACCAUGUCAUGCGGUGUACUCCAGAAAUAACCAACUUUUGGUCCAAGCACCUUCCACCACAAUCACCUGUUUGUUAUGCUCAAGGCAAUCGAAUGUUUGUACAGGAUGUGCCAGUCUAUCGUCCAAGCAGCAAUGAAGAAGCAGUGGAACUCAUACACAGUUUAUUACAGCAGUAUGUUGAUGGUGAAAACAUCACAUACCAAGACUGUGCAGUUCUUGUCCAUUCUCCACCUUUAUCGAUAAUUCCCAUCAGGAGACAUCUUCUUGCAAAAUUGGGAUGGUCUGAGAGUGAUUACUUUCAAAGUACAAGUGAUGAUAACAUUGUAAUUCGAGAUAUGCCAAAUGAUAUUUGGUCACUUGAAUGGUCGUAUGUGUUCCUUGUUGCCCAGGAUGCUAUGCUCUUUCCUACAGACAAGGAACUUGAUGCCAGGUUGUUUAAACCAGGUUACUGGAAUUCAGGCAUCUACAUAUGCAGUUCCAGAUGUAAGGUGCAGUUGUUUUUGAUAGCAAUGGAGACUGGCGGACGACUGAAUGUAGACCUUCCUACAAUGUCCAUUCCAGCUGAAAGAAUAAACUUUUCCUUUAAUUUAAAAUUGUGA